AGAGGGAAAUAGCUGUAGUGCAUGGAGUCACGGAGUAGGUUUCAGACAGGAGAAAGGGUCAAACAUUGUACAGAAACGAAAACUACGGAGACGCUGAAAUGUUACCUUCGGUGUCCUGGUUUACCUCGCGUUUGUCGGGUUGGUUAACCCUAGAAGCGAACCCUGUCGAAUGUCUGCUGCAAGGGCUUGUCGGCGCAUGUGGGAUCUCAAUUUUUUGUAAUCUUGUAAGGAUUCACUUGUUUCUUGAAUCACAGAGUUCAAAUGAUGACAAAGGUGCAGGAAAAUCAAAAAAUAGGAACAGCCAAAGGAGCAGACUGACAAAGACACUCCAGUUUUGGUUCCUUACAGGGAUUCUUUCUGUUGUUGGUUCACGAGUUGCCUCCCUGGUAAUUCUAGAAUUCAGCCUUAGAGCAGUAUCUGCACGGAUGACGAGUGGAUCAGUCCCUCAUAAUAGAUCAUUACUACAGCUACUCAUUCAGUGUCAGUUCUCCUUAGGCUGUGCCUUAAGUGGAACCCUUUAUUUUCUCCAUGAGGGGGCACCACAACGCUGGCUAAAUAUCCUUCUUGCUGCAGGGUUGAGUUGGUUCUUGGCCAGCCUCUGUUCCAGAUUAGAGCAUCACGUCAUGUCAAUGUACCCAUUACACAGCACAGAACGUUACUGUGGCGUGUGUAUUGGACUUCUAACCUCUGGCACAACUAUCCUUCCCUUCAUAUGUUGUGCUCUUAUAAUGACAUUUACUGUGGCUGGAAUUGCUGCCAUAUCUAGCAUCAACCAACACUUUCUGUCAGCCACUGAGGCACUGCGUUUCUGGACACCACUGACAAUCUGUUACACUCUACUGAUUGUGUAUAUGCAGGAAGAACAGAGCCGACAGCCAGAUGGGCAGGCUAUUCUGAAUGCUGUGGUGGUGCGGCUGGGGGGGCUCCUAGUACUAAUGCUGACAGUGGGACGCUGGGCAGAUGUGAUCCACAUCUUAGUAUGCUUUCUGGGUGAGGCUGGGUGUCUCAUACCAGCUCAAGAUCUGCUAGAUGCGAUACCUCAAACUACAGAAGGUCUCCAAAGAAGCUCAACUCAGAGGAAUGAGAACCAAAGAAGUCACGUGAAAUUCAAGAACCACUAAUAUUAUGUAACGACCUAUUAUUAAGUGUUUUGGUGUAAACCGAGGUAUUUUUCUUUAUAAAUAAAUCAUACUUGUGCUGCCGGACAGGG